GGAAGCGGGGCCAGAAAUCCGGAAGUGGCGGCGGAGCGGCCACAUGAGGAGUGGCGGAAUCAUGGCCCGGGCACCGGGACCGGGACGGGGACAGGGACAGGGACAGGGACAGAAACCGGCUCGGGGACCGCGACAAAAACUGGGAUCGGGACCGAAACAGAGACAGAGACCGGGAUCGGGACCGAAACAGGGACAGAGACCGGGAUCGGGACUGAAAGCGGGACCAGGACAGAAGACAGGACCGGGACAGAAGACAGGACCGGGACAGAAAGCGCGAGCAGGAUCGGAACAUGGAGCGGCCGUCCCGCUGCGCAGCAGGAAGGAGAAGAAGGACAACAUGAAGCCCAAACACCCCGACGAGCAGGAGAUCCCGUUCCGCCUGCGGGAGCUCAUGCGGAGCCGUGAGGCCCUGAAGCGCCCGGAUCCUGGGAAGAAGAGGGCGGCAGAGAAGAGACAGCAGCAGGAGUCCAAGGGUCCCAAGACCCCGGGGGACAUUCCCGUGCCCAAGUUCCGGAGGGGCAAGGGGGAGUCGGAGCGUUCCUACAUCUGCCGCAUGGAGCGGGAGGUGCAGCGUGUCCUCUUCCUCACGGAGAACCAGCUCCAGCGGGAGCCUGAGAAGGAGGCGAUGGCUCCAGAGAAAUCCAAAAGGAAAAAAGAGUUUCAGAAAAGGAAGCUGGAAAAAGCUCGGAAGAAAAAGGAGGAGAAGAAGGAGGCCAUGCUGGAGAAGAGCCUGUUCCAAGAUACGGUGCCAUUUGGAGAGGUGGUGACACAGCCACCCACCAUCACCUCACGGCCCAGGGGACAGGGUCCUGCCAAGCAGGCUGGACGGAAGCAGCUCCUCCUGACGCCUCGCCUGGGCCAGAGCCAGGCGUCCCCUGUGUCCCCUGUGUCCCCGGUGAUGUCCAUGGCUCGCCAGCGCAUCCUGGAGGAGGAGCGGGCUCGCGUCAUCCAGGCCUACAGGGACAUCCAGAGGCGCAAACAGCUGGAGCGGGAGCGUGCCCGGGCCGGUCCAGGCUGAGGACCUUGGGACUCCAGAGAGACAUUGCCCUGAUGCUCUUGUGCCGCCGCUGAGCCCUGGGGCUUCCCACAGCUCCACACUCUGCGGCUCAGCACUGGGGUGGGGUCCCUGCGGUGCCACGGAGCUGCUUGGAGUAAAAAGUGCCAGUGGGA